UUCGGAUCAAAUUUCGAGCCAAGAUGUCGGCCGAUUAGGAGUGAGAUUUUUAGUUUUUUUACCACACAUUAUCUAAAAUUUACCGAGCAAAAUGGCCCAAAACGAUACAGAGUCUUUUCUGACGGACGAAGAAGAAGAAUUUCUACCUGGUCAUGCGAACGUGGUGUCGUUUACUCAAAAUUGUUUUGGUAAACUGGUGAAUACGACACAGAAGGCGCACGGUUUACCAAAACCAGGCGAUGAUUUUGAAUUCUACAGCAGUUUUCCUGAUUUUCGCGAGUUCUGCAGGACGCAAGGUGGUCGGGUUUUGAGCAACAUUGGAAAAGUGUUGAAAUUUCAGCAUGUUACCUGUGGUUGGCCUUCUGAAAUGGAUUUCUAUCACAGCAUGGAUAUUGAUGAUGCCUUUGAGUCUCUUGUCGAAGCUAAUGACAUUCUCCUUGAGCGUAUUGACUCUAGCUUGGACGAAGCAUCUGGUCUGAGCAAGAAUAAAAAACCUGUUCUCCCGCAAUCCAUGCAGCAAAGUGCACCAAUUGUCUCCAGCUGGAACAAGAGCAGUCGACAAACAAACGACAAAGUGCGCUUCUUGCACGCAAAGAAUAUCCUCCGUCCGCAACUCAGGUUUAAGGAAAAGCCAGAGAACAGCAACAUUCCCUUUGUCCCGAUUAUCAAAGAAAAGCCAAAUGCGUUAAAACCUUUAGAAGAACAAAUCAAUUCUGAUUGCACAAUGGACGAUACGAAUACACCUGUGGCACUAGCAAAUUUUAUCCAUGAGCAGCGUGUGGGAGCUGCUUCAAGCAACCAUAAUUUACACCCAUAUAAGUUUGAACUGGACCAAUUUGAACCAGCUCUAGAUGCGAUGAAAUCUAGAGAGGAAACUAUGUAUAAACCACUAGAUGAGACAGAGCUGAUCUUUGUUGACAGUAAUGAAAAGUUAUCACAAUUAGUGGAGUCGUUAAAGAAUGUUACGGAGUUUGCAGUUGACUUGGAACAUCAUUCGUUCAGAUCGUUCCAGGGGAUUGUCUGCCUCAUGCAGAUAUCCACACACGAAAGGGAUUAUUUGGUUGAUACAUUGGAAUUACGAAGCGAGCUGCCUUGUCUUAAUGAAGUAUUCACUGACCCAAAAAUCUUAAAGGUAUUGCAUGGAGCAGAUAUGGACAUUGGGUGGUUGCAGCGUGACUUUGGGAUAUAUGUGGUCAACAUGUUCGAUACCGGUCAAGCCACUCGCGUACUUGAAUAUCCCCGAUUCUCCCUUGCCUUCCUGCUGAAGAAAUUCUGUGAUGUCAUGGCGAACAAACAGUACCAGCUUGCCGAUUGGAGAAUUCGACCUCUUCCCACAGAGAUGGUGUUGUACGCACGAGAGGAUACCCAUUACUUAUUGUAUAUCUAUGAAAGACUACGUAACGAGCUUGUUGCCAAGGGUAACGAGCAAAACAACCUCUUGGAGUCAGUUUAUAAAAGAAGCAAGGACAUAUGUCUCAAGGUUUAUGAAAAACCAAUAUUCACAAGCACCUCCUACCUAAACCUGUACCACAGACAUAAGAAAGCAUUGAAUCCAAACCAGUUGGAAGCAUUUCGUCUGUUGUAUGGAUGGCGUGAUCAGAUUGCUAGAUUGGAAGAUGAGAGUUAUGCGUAUGUCUUGCCCAAUCACAUGUUGUUUGGGCUAUCUGAGGUCCUGCCAAAAGAACCACAAGGGGUGUUAGCAUGUUGUAAUCCUGUGCCCAGUUUGGUCAGGCAGAAUGUGAAUGAGAUUCAUCGCCUUCUUGUACAAGCUCGGGAAGUUGGCCCAAAUGUUAAUAAUAAUAAUGUUCAGUCAGCGAUCGCUCGGGAAAUAUCAAGCGAAAGAAUGAAAGUUGAUGUGCCAAAAGAGAGAUAUUCGAAACAGAAAACUCCAGAUGAAAGCAUCAAACAUGAGCCAAUGGUACCUUUUAAAGAUUAUCCUAUUACAGGCCCUGCCCUUGACAUAACCCAGCCUAUUAUCAGGUUAUUCUCCAACCAAGCUAUAAUCACCAGCAAGCAAACAGAUGGUGAAAGAAAAGCUAAGCAAAUAGAAGAGUCUUUCAAGAACCCUUUCCAGAAAUUUUUACCAGCUAAAAAGUAUAGUGAAAUAUCCGCUGCUAAGGAUAAAGCGAAGAGUGGCGAAGAUGCAACGCAAGAGACCGAAAGCGGAACGAAGGGUUCCGACGAUGACGUAGUCGAAGUGGCCCACCGCUACACCAAGGCUAGCGAACGUUAUACAAAGUUAGCGGUGGAAACCAAUGACAAUAUCCCUGAUCAGAUCAAAAAGAGAAAACAUGAAAACGCGAAUGAAAGUGAAGAUAAAAAUGAGAGCCAGCAAGCGUUACGUAUCAGAAAGAAGAAGAAAAAGGAAAAAAAGUCCAAAAAAGGGACUAGCAAUACAGAAACAGCUAACCCAACGGAAUUUGUCGCUUAUGAUUACAAUAAUGCUAGUCUCGAGUUUGGACAAGACAACCGCGAGGAAACCGCGAAUGUUUUUAAUCCGUACAAAAAGUUGGGAGAAAAAGGAAAGAAACGUAAUUCUAAAGUACACAUGAAAUCUGGUAUCCGCUCGAUGACUUUUAAGAAAACAUGAAUUUUUAAAAUAUACUAAUAUUUGAGUGAAUUUUAACGUUCUUCUGGAUAGAUUGACCUAAUAAUAAACAAAACUUAGUUCAAUCUUCGUAGUACAGCCUAUAGUUUGAAUGGAGGGAGGGGACUUUCAACCAAUGAGAUCAACAGUCUUAUUGAAUCGCGUUAGACAAGGGAAGGGAAAUGAAUUCAAGAAAGCAAGUCUGAAAGUAUAAUUUAUUGUCAGUAAAACGUAUGAAAUCAUCACUCAGUAUAGCGUGCAUAAUUAGGCGUGGCGAUGUUGCAAAUUAGUUUGAAGUUAGGAAAAAAACAAACAAGA